AUGGGACUCAGGUCCAGGACUGUCGCUAGCGGCUCGGAGGAGCAGAAGGACAAGAAGCCCGGCGCUGCUCCUCCUCUUCCCGGGGACUUGGACCAAGGGACCGGCGGGCCGGACAAGGAUGGGGCCCUGCUGCUGGUGGCCUCGGGCCGGGAGGACUUCAAGAGGGGCUCUCAGGGCAUCGGGCUGCUGGCCAAAACCCCGCUGGGCUACACCCGACCGGUCAAGAGGAAUAACAUCCGCAAGAGGAAGAUCCAGAAUCUGAUCUACGAUGCGCUGGAGCGGCCGAGGGGAUGGGCGCUGCUCUACCACGCGUUUGUGUUUUUAAUCGUGCUGGGCUGUCUGAUACUGGCCAUACUGACAACAUUCAAGGAGCAUGAAAAAGUGUCUGCACACUGGCUUGUUAUACUGGAAACCUUCACCAUCUUCAUCUUCGGAGCAGAGUUUGCACUGAGGAUCUGGGCGGCCGGAUGCUGCUGUCGCUACAAAGGAUGGAGGGGGAGGCUCAAAUUCGCCCGCAAACCCCUGUGUAUUUUAGACAUCUUUGUGCUGAUUGCCUCGGUGCCGGUGGUGGCGGUGCGGAACCAGGGCAACGUGCUGGCCACGUCGCUGCGCAGCCUGCGCUUCCUGCAGAUCCUGCGGAUGCUGCGCAUGGACCGGCGAGGAGGGACCUGGAAACUUCUGGGCUCCGCCAUCUACGCACACAGCAAGGAGCUGAUCACUGCUUGGUACAUUGGCUUCCUGUCGCUGAUCCUGGCUUCCUUCCUGGUCUACCUGGUGGAGAAGGACGAUGUCUCCAUGGACGUGUCCGACUCCGACAACCCCACGGCUCAGCCCAAGCCGCAGGACUUCGACACGUACGCAGACGCUCUGUGGUGGGGGCUGAUCACGCUGACCACCAUCGGUUACGGGGACAAAACCCCGAAGACGUGGGCGGGGAGACUGUUAGCCGGCACUUUUGCUCUGAUCGGAGUGUCCUUCUUCGCUUUGCCUGCAGGGAUUCUGGGUUCAGGCUUGGCUCUGAAGGUCCAGGAGCAGCACAGACAGAAGCACUUUGAGAAGCGUAGACAUCCGGCCGCCGGGCUCAUCCAGUCUGCAUGGCGAUACUAUGCCACCAAUCCAAUCAGGGAAGAUCUUAUUGCCACAUGGAGAUUUUAUGAAACAGUCAUCUCCCUUCCCUGUUUCAGGCAAGAUAAUUUGGAGGGUAUGGCAAGCCAAAAACUGAGUUUACUAGAGCGUGUUCGCCUUCCCAACACGCGGCCGUUGGUCGGGACGGGGAAGAAGCUCACUCCAGGAAACGCCGACUCCAUCGAGGAAAGCCCCUCGAAGGACCCCAAACCUGCCGGCUUCAGUAACCGCGAACGCUUCCGCACCGCCUUCCGCAUGAAGGCCUACACUCUCCGCCAGAGCUCUGAAGAUGCCGGAGCCCUGGCAGAUCCAGCCUUAGAGGAGAGAGGUUUUCCCGCAGACAUCCUGAUGGAGGAGAUGAUCCCCACGCUGAAACUGGUCAUCAGGGCAGUCAGGAUCAUGAAAUUCCUCUUGAACAAGAAGCGGUUCAAGGAAACUCUGAGGCCUUAUGAUGUCAAGGACGUGAUCGAGCAGUACUCUGCUGGCCACCUGGACAUGCUCUGCAGAAUCAAAUACCUCCAGACGAGAAUCGACAUGAUUCUGGCCCCUGGACCCCCCCUCACCCCCAAACACAAGAAAACUCAGAAAACGCCCUUUGCCUAUCCGCCCAAUCAGUCACCCAGGCAUGAGUCCUACCUUGCCAAAGCCUCCAUGCCAGAUGCUGAAGACCAAAGCAUGAUGGGUAGAUUUGUCAGAGUGGAGAGACAGGUGGAGGACAUGGAGAAGAAGCUGGACUUCCUGGUGGACAUGCACAUCCAGCACACCGAGCACCUGCAGGUGGACUCCGCCGGCGCCGCACACAUGACCAUGGAGCCCUGCGACCCCACGGUGGGCGCCGACAUCCGCCGCGUCUUCUUCAACUACGCCGAGGCGUUUCCGCACAUGACCUUCCAGGUGCCUGUCAGCAAGAUGGGCUCCUACUACAGCUUCCACAAGGAGCCGGGCGCCGCCGCGAGAGGGGGAGGGGGAGGAGGAGGAGGAGAGGGGGCGGGGCUUCCAGGGGGAGGACGCGUACUUCCAGACCAUCAGCUCCCACCAUCGCACCUCCACCAGCCCAUCCCCACCUACAUGGAGCGUCCCACGGUGCUGCCGAUCAGCUCGCUGCAGGACUUCCGGGCGGCCGGGUGCGGGGAUGCGGGGGGGCGAGGCUACCUGGAGCACCUGGGGGUCGGGCCGGGCAGGACCACAGGGGGGCAGGGCGCUGACACGCCGCUCUCCAUGCUCUCGGUGAACCACGAGGAGCUGGAGCGCUCGCCCAGCGGCUUCAGCAUCUCCGGGGAGCGGGAGGGCGAGGGAGGGGGGCAGCUGUCCGCGGGGCCGGGCGGGGGGGCGAUGGGCGAGGCCAGCUGGACGCGGGACAAAGCCAGGCCGAGCUACCUGGCGGAGGGGGAGACGGACACGGACACGGACCCGUUCACGCCCAGCGGGGGGGCGCUGCCGCUCUCGUCCACGGGGGAGGGAUUCGCCGACGCCGUGUGGAACACGCCGCCCUGA